AGGGUGAGAGCGGUCGGGGAGAAAGACGGGGCAAGCAGGGGAGAAGUGGGCCAAGCCGCCGUCUCAUUCUUGUUGAAGAUCAGGAAGCGGCAGAAUGUGUCAGGAUCUGCUUGACUGCUGAAAGCAAGACCCAACACGACAGGGGCCGGGGCGAGAGGAGGAAAAGAAGGGGGAGUGAAGGGCACGAGGAGGAGGAGGGUGAAGGAGGAGACUUUGAGGAGUUCUGGGGUCUGUGGGGGUCUGGUGUCCCUCCAGGAUCUUGUUGGCAAAGUGCCUUAGAAGGACCCAGCAAAGGUCCUGUCCCAGAGAGACCCCAUCCAGCCCUCUGCUGCGGGACACCAUGAACUAUCUGAACGUGUUGGCCAAGGCCUUGUACGACAAUGUGGCCGAGUCUCCGGACGAACUGUCCUUCCGCAAAGGCGACAUCAUGACAGUGCUGGAGCGAGACACUCAAGGACUGGAUGGUUGGUGGCUCUGCUCUCUCCAUGGCCGCCAAGGCAUCGUCCCCGGCAACCGCCUCAAGAUCCUUGUUGGCAUGUAUGACAGUAAGCAGCAGGCCUCCCCUUCCACUCCAGAUCCCACCUCUCAGGUACUGCGACCUCUUCCCACUAAGAGCGCCUAUCCCAAACCAUCGCUCAAACCCCCUGGGUCAUCUGUGGGGUUCCCAACCAAGACCCUUCCAGGAGUCCAGUACACGUCCAUGCACCCAGCCUACUCCACUCCCAGUCCUGCACAGUCCAGCCCUGACUCUGUUUACAUGAUGCCUCCCUCUCAUGGUCCAAAGCCAAGCUCCCAAGGUGUGUAUCAGGUUCCUUCUGGUCCAAGCGGACCCCCUCUACAGGCCCAGCCAGCCCCCCCCAGUAAGACCACAGCUGUGGGCCACAGGCAGUUCCAGGCACCUGGACAGGAUAUCUACCAGGUUCCUCCAUCUGUUGGCCCAGGGCCAGGCCAGGGAACAGCUCCACCUGCAGGUGGCCAGGAUGUGUACCAAGUCCCCCCUUCCUUGGAGAAAAGAAACUGGGAAAGCAGCAACAAACCGCUUGGCAAGGUGGUGGUCCCCACCCGGGUUGGACAGAUGUAUGUGUACGACACGGUGAAGCCGGAGCAAGACGAGUACGACAUUCCACCCCGACACCCGCCUCCAACCCAGCAGGAUAUUUACGACGUGCCCCCCGCCCGGCAGCAGUACAACACCCAGGUGUACGAUACCCCUCCCAUGGUGAUGAAGGGACCCUCCAGCUGUCAGGACAUCUAUGACACCCCCCCAGGCCCAGACAAGAACCCCCAGCAGACGUCAGCGACGACGACGAGCCCCCCAUCCCGGAGGACGUGUAUGAUGUCCCGCCCCCUAUUCUGACCGACAAGCAUCUUCACAGAGACAGGGCCGCGGCGAGCCAGCCCCCCCAGGACAUCUAUGACAUCCCGAGCGCCCUGCGCUCCGGAAGUCACACUAUCCAGGACGUCUACGACUUCCCGCGAGAACGAGAGGAGCGGGGAGGGGAGAGGGGGGACCAGUACAUCUAUGAUGUCCCACCACAGGUUGUCCGCGACCCCCAGUCCAGCGGGGACGAUCAGAGCGUGUCUUUCAAGCGCCUGUCCGCCUCCAGCACCGGCAGCACCCGCAGCAACCACUCGUCGUCCUCCCUGGACGUGGUCCCUGUCCGGGACUCCUCGGCUCCAGGGAAGCCUCUCAUCCUGGACCUGGACCAGGCCAUGGAGCGGCUGUCCCGUCUGCAGCAAGCCGUGGAGUCCAGCGUGUCCCUCAUGAUGUCCUUCAUCACAGGAAACUGGAGAAGUUCGGCUCACCUGGAGGGGAACCUUCCCGCCAUCCAUCAGGCCGCUGACCGUGUGCGCAUCACCGUGCGAGACUUCCUGGAGUUUGCUCGCGGCGCGGUGGCGAACUCGGCCCAGGCCACGGAUCGCUCCCUGCAGACCAAACUGAGCCGCCAGGUGGGGAAGAUGGAGGAAGUCUUCCAGAGUCUGGUCAGGCACAGUCAGAGCCUGGACGCCAUCUUCUGGUCACACGCCGCGCUCUCGACACCACCCCCAGGUGGGGACGACCUCGAUCGACUCAUCAUGACGGCGAGAGGCAUUCCCGACGACGCCAAGCAGCUUGCCUCUUUUCUGCACGGAAACGCGUCGCUGCUUUUUAAAAGGACCAACCGGCAGCAGCAGCAGCUGCCCCUGCCUCCAAUCCCAGGGGAGAUCAGCAGUCACAUGACCGGAUCGGGAAGUGGAAGUUACCAGGGGGGGGAGAAAGUCCACAUUCAGUCACGGCCCCUCCCCUCUCCGCCAAAGUUCACAUCUGCAGAGGAAGAGGCGGGCGUGGAGCGGCCAUACGAGAGCACCGAGGAGGGCUGGAUGGAGGACUACGACUACGUACACCUGCAGGGAAAGGAGGAGUUUGAGAAGAACCAAAGACAGCUGCUGGAAAAAGACAACAUCAUCAGAAACAACAAAUCCCAUCUGGAGCAGCAGCAGAUUAAGAAGUUUGAACAACUCGAACAGGAAGUCUGUCAGCCAAUUAACAACGACAUGACGGGCUGGGUCCCGCCCCCUCACCAUUCUCUGGCCAACUCGCUUGCCAAGAGUAGUGCUGGAGACUCGUCCUCCUCCAAGCUUUGCCAUGGCGACCGGCAGCUCCUCCUCUUCUACCAGGAGCAGUGUGAGCACAACAUCACCACGGUAACCAACGCCAUCGAUGCCUUCUUCACCGCCGUCAACUCCAACCAGCCGCCCAAGAUCUUCGUCGCUCACAGCAAGUUCGUCAUCCUCAGCGCCCACAAGCUGGUCUUCAUCGGGGACACGCUGUCGCGGCAGGCCCGGUGCCCCGAGGUGAGGUCCCGGGUGGCCCAGAGCAGCAACACCCUCUGUGAGAAACUCAAAGACAUUGUGAUCAGCACCAAGACGGCGGCGCUGCAGUACCCGGCGCCCGGGGCGGCCCGGGACAUGACGGAGCGGGUGCGGGAGCUGGCGGGGUGCACACAGCACUUCAGGAUGGUGCUGGGUCAGCUCCUGCUCAUGUAAGGACCCGGGGCGGGGGCAACAAAGACCGGGCAGCUCUCUGGAGGUCAGCAGCAUGGGGCGGGCGAUGGCGAGCAGCAGGAGAUGCUGCACACUCCUCCCCUGGGGGGUCAGUAAAGUCCCCGCCCCUCACGUGACCCUGAACCCUGCAGGUCUGGGACCCUCUCUGGGAUAAGGGUCACCUCCCCUUCCCUGACUGUUUGUCACUCCGGCACCCCCUAAAGGAACAGUUUAUCGUCAGUGGGCGGAGCUAAAGGUUGUAAAGUAAUCAUUGUAAAUGUUGCCUGACACAAACAGACACAUAAAUAUAACUCGGUGUUUUUUGUUGCUGGUUUUUAAGGUGAGAAGAGGACAUGACUGUAGGUUUUAGACCGUAUCCAUUCUUGUUAUUGCUAUUCUGUAAUUAAGACUUCUGAUCCUCGUGUCAAUAUCGUUAGGAAUGUCUCAAUUCCAGAUUAUAUGUAUGAACAUGAUGUAUUCACACUUUCCAAAAAAAAAAAAAAACUGGAGCACACAAUCAUCUAAAUUCUCCCCGACGAGCUGGCGUUGCCAUGACGACGGACUCGGACCGUGCAGCAGCAGCAGCUCCUCCUGCGUCAUUGCAGAUGCUGUCCUUAAGGAGAAAACAAGCUAUCCUGUUUUGUAAGAGGCAUGUACCUGAGAAAAGUGGAAACGUGUUGGAGAGUGAAUGCAUUAAAGCGGCGUUCCUGUUGA